UCACAUCUCCCCUUGGACAUGCGCAUGAAUCCACUUGUUGCCUUCACAACACUUCUAUUUAAAGGGACACCGACAUGGCUCACGGUCUGGCGAGACGGGAAUCCGUGGACACGGAGAUGCACAAGUCAGGGGACGCCGGGAAGGCCUUCGUCUGCACAAAGAAGCGGGGCUAUGACAUUACCCGAAACCCCCACCUUAACAAAGGCAUGGCAUUCUCCCUGGAGGAGCGUCUGCAGCUGGGGAUCCACGGCCUGCUUCCUCCUUGCUUCAUUACCCAAGAUGUCCAGCUGCUGAGGGUUCUUAAAAACUACGAAAUGAAAGAACAUGACCUAGAUAGAUACGUGUUUUUGAUGGGCCUCCAGGACCACAGUGAGAAGCUCUUCUAUCGUGUGCUGACUUCGGACAUUGAGAGAUUCAUGCCCGUCAUUUACACCCCCACCGUGGGCCUCGCUUGUCAGCAAUACGGCCUGAUUUUUAGAAGACCAAGGGGGCUAUUCAUCACUAUCCAUGACCGUGGCCACGUUGCAUCACUACUUCAGAAUUGGCCAGAAAGGGACGUCAGGGCCGUGUGUGUCACUGAUGGUGAGAGGAUCUUGGGCUUGGGCGACCUUGGCUGCAACGGGAUGGGAAUCCCGGUGGGCAAACUGGCCCUGUACACAGCCUGUGGAGGUGUGCCUCCUCAGCAGUGCUUGCCUGUCCUGCUGGAUGUGGGCACAGACAAUGAGGCACUGCUGCAGGAUCCACUUUACAUUGGACUCAGACAGAAGAGAGUGCGGGGCCAAGCCUAUGACGAUCUGCUGGACGAAUUUAUGAAGGCGGUCUCAGACAGGUACGGAAUGGACUGCCUGAUUCAGUUUGAAGACUUUGCAAACAUUAAUGCUUUCCGCUUGCUGAGCAAGUACAGGGACGUGUACUGCACGUUCAACGAUGACAUCCAAGGCACUGCUGCAGUAGCAGUUGCAGGACUCCUGGCUGCCCUGCGCAUCACCAAGAGUAAAAUGUGUGACCACACAAUCGUGUUUCAAGGUGCAGGGGAGGCGGCGAUGGGGAUCGCUGAACUGAUCACAAUGGCCAUGGAGAAAGAAGGACUGACUAAGGAGGACAGCUUGAAGAAGAUCUGGAUGGUCGAUUCCAAAGGUCUCAUUGUCAAGGGUCGAGAUCACCUGACGCAGGAGAAGGAGAGGUUUGCUCAUGAACACCCCCCGAUGAAAAGCCUGGAAGAUGUGGUUCGUGAACUGAAACCCACAGCUCUCAUUGGAGUAGCCGCUGUCGCUGGCGCCUUCUCAGAGCCCAUCAUCAGGGACAUGGCAUCCUUCAAUCAACACCCGAUCAUCUUUGCUCUCAGCAACCCGACCAGUAAGGCGGAAUGCACCGCGGAGCAGUGUUACACAUUCACAGAGGGAAGGGGCAUCUUUGCAAGUGGGAGUCCCUUUGACCCUGUGACCUUGCCUGAUGGGAGGACAUUCUACCCUGGUCAGGGAAACAACGCCUACAUCUUCCCCGGCAUUGGUCUUGGUGUCACCGCCUGCUCCAUUUGUCACAUCACUGAAGAUAUUUUUCUGAUUGUGGCAGAGGCGCUUGCUCAGCUGGUGACGGAGAAGGACUUGGCGGAGGGACGACUGUACCCCCCUCUCAGCUCCAUUAGGGAGGUUUCACUCGUGCUGGCAGUCAAGAUAGUGGAGUACGCCUACGAGCGCAACAUAGCCACACUUCGCCCAGAGCCAUCGGACAAAGACUCGUAUGUGCGAUCGCUAGUUUACACCACCGCCUAUGAUGACUUUACUGCGGACUCGUACCGCUGGCCAGAAGGCAGCAUGACGCUCCAAUCAUGCAAGCUUUGACCAAGCUGGCUUCAGAGGAAUUAGGGUUAACUACUGUCUUCCAAAUACACGGAAAGGACUGUAUAGAAUGUAUUUUUACUAUACUGUAUUAGUGUGAAUAUUGGACAAUUCACUUUAUGGAUGUCUGAUGCUGCAUUCAUUUCCCCCCAAUGGUUUGCAAGGCAGUUUAGUUCAGGUACAGGAGUUUAAUAAAUGACUUCAUAACUGAA